CUAAUUUCAUUCUUAUGUUUUCUCUCCACACAAUCAACACAAUCAGCUCCCCAUGAAACUCAAAAGAUACGAACCCUAACCCCUUCCUUCUGCCGAUAUGCGUAACCCCAUUGAUUUCAUAUAUACAUGGAAUCGAUCCUAUGCGUUCUACUUCUGCUGAUAUGGAAUCGAUCCUAUGCGUAACCCCAGGAAGCCUUGAGAGGCACCACGUCGACCAUCAACAAUUUUCGAUCCUGUGUGUUCUACUUCAGAUGCAGAUGAAAUAUGUUGAAGCUCGAUUAGGAGAUCGAGUUCUUUAUGCAGGGUCAUUUUCUUCCCACUUUUCCUAUUUCAUGUUGUUGUUGCCAGAGGAAGAUUCUCAUUACCUGCACCAUCAGUUCCCCAUUGGGAACCAUGUCAUGCAGUUGUUGCCACACCUUUGCUUAUUGCAUUUGAACUGCUUCUUUUCAUCUAUCUUGAAAAUAGCCAUGUUACUAAGCCUCCACCUUUAA